AAAAGUAGCAACUAAAAAACACAGGUGAAGCCAAACAUUUUCAAGCGAGCGGUCACGUGGGCUGAAAAAAGCCCUUUUCGGACAUUAUAAUUAUAUCCCGUUUGAAUCUGUGUGUACAGAGUUUCUUAGCUACGUACUGAGCAGUAGUUCACAGCUCAACUCAGGAAAAACCACAGCUAAAAGAGAAAAAAAAAUAAUGUCGAUAAUUUCGAUCUCUAAACUUAGCUAAAAAAAGAAUUGUGAUUUUGAGUGAAACCCUAGCGAAAAAGAUGAAGAGAAGAAGUUCUGGACAAAUUUUUUUCUGAAUUUCAGGCGCUGUAGAGUAAAACUUUUGAACAGUUGAAUUCUAUGUAGUUAUUACUAUGGAGGGCAGAGAAUCUUCUGUGGCUUUGCAGCAGCAGGGGGGGCCGCCUCCUUCUGCUUUUACAAGGCCUUCUGCCGCCAUUAACAUCAAUAAUAGCAAUAUUAAUAAUAAUCCGGCGGCCUCUGUUUCGGCUUCGGCUUCAAAUGCUAUGGUAAUGCAGGGGGUUUCGAAUGCCAUAAUGUUGAAGAGGAAGAGGGGGAGGCCGAGGAAGUACGGGCCAGAUGGCGGCAUGACAUUGGCUCUGCCGCCUCCCGUGGCAUCAUCGUCGGAUAUGGUAUUGGUCUCUCCUGGUUCUGCGCAGAGGCGGGGAAGAGGUCGCCCGCCUGGCUCUGGUAGAAAACAGCAAAUGGCUGCGCUAGGUUCAGCAGGAUUGGGCUUUACUCCACAUCUCAUUACUGUAGCAGCAGGGGAGGACAUCGCAACCAAAAUUAUGUCAUUUUCACAACAAGGGCCUCGUGCAACCUGCAUUCUUUCAGCACAUGGUGCUAUAUCUAAUGUGGUUCUACGUCAGCCUGCUGCUUCUGGAGGAGCAGUGACAUAUGAGGGCCGUUUUGAUAUAGUUUCGUUGUCUGGCUCAUUCUUGUUAAUUGAUGAUAAUGGAACACGCAGUAGAACAGGUGGGUUAAGUGUUUCGUUGGCUGGUCCUGAUGGUCGUGUUUUUGGGGGUGGAGUGUCUGGAAUGCUAAUGGCAGCCACCCCAGUGCAGGUGAUUGUAGGGAGCUUUCUUUUGGACAACAAAAAGAGUCAAGCCAAGUCUGACAAUCCUGAAUCUUCAUUUGGCUCGUUGCAUUCAUCUGCUCCUGGACAUCUAGGAGCUAGACAUCCAGCUGCAGCCAGUGCUCCAUUGAAACCAUCCGCUAGUGCUUCAGGUGUUCAUGGUGUUGUUAUGCAGCCAACUCACAAUUUGGCUACUUUUCAGUCAACAGGCUAGAGUGAUCCUCAUUUUAUGGGAGAGCCUACGCAUGCCACAAAUGUUAACGUUUCUUUUGUAUGGGGGAUAGCUGUAAGGAGGUUUGAUUCCCUACAGCUAGGUCAUUGACCACAUUUAUUAGUAUUGAGAAGCUAACUUCCGUUAGGCACUAAGUUGUGCUGUAUUUCUUAUAUGCAGCACAUUUGGAAUCUUGUCAAAGAGAAUGUUGUCUUUUUCUAAUCUCUUGCCAACUAACUGAAAUUUAAAGCCUAAUAGGACAGUUGUAGUGGCUGUAGAUACUUUCAACCUUCUGAAUCAAUCUGUAAAGUCCAAAUUGUAUCAUUUCAUGCUUUGGCAAUAGAUAAAGAACCACUUGUUGUUCUUUACAA